UCAAAGUGACAAUUCUGGUCUGUGUCAUCAUAUUUCAGCCUACAAAAAUGUUUUCCAUAUGUAAAUAUGUAAAUAUGACAGAACACGAAUCUCCACUCCAAUUUUCUUAUCAAUGAAAUAGUUGUUCCUCUGCAGGGAUGCAAAUGAAUGGCUGUGUAUUCAGGAAAGUUGAUGGGCAACUCUUAAAUAGCCAUACAGUUUAGCUUGCUCUUGUAAACAAUCCAGCCAAGGCCAGUAACUACAAGUUCAUCAGCAGGGAAAAUGUUCUAAGCCAAAAGCUUUGAAUACAGCUAUAGUUCCGGAUGCCGUUGGAAACUUUCCAAACAAUUCCCCCGUCUCUCUAAUGCACCAACUGAAGUCACACCGGCCAUACACUGCAAAUAUCAUCUGAUGAGUUGGAGAUGGAGACAGUAGCAGAGGAGUUGAACUACCUGUCAAUCAGGAGACGGCAACUACAUGACCGAUACACUAUUCUGACCAUGUUGCGAGAUUUUAGACAUCAAACAGACCCAGGGAUGACCGACACCAGGGAGGAAGCAGAAAUUGAGGCCAUUCAAAAGGAUUUGGAUAUUCUAUCUGUGAAAAAGAAAGACCUUUUGGAAAAACAAGAAAGGCUUAAUCUAACACAGCAUAGGACUGGGAUGCCAAUAAAUGUGGAGGGCGCUGUAAGAACCAACACAAACACACAAACAGGUUCAUCCCAUAACAUUGGUCACUCACCAGACUCCAUGAAGACUACAAAAGAAAAUCCACACUUUGGAAUAUGUUAUAUAGGAUCUCCACCUGAUGCCCCUGCCCCCAAGGUCAUCAUGGAUGUAGAGGAACUACCUCCUUACCCUGCUAAAACACAGUGUCCAUACUGUUACGCAUUUGUGACCACAGAAAUCACCCAUACAGUUGGUCCUGUCGUUUGGCUGGUGUGCACAAUGAGUUUUCUGGUUGGUUGUGCGGCCGGAUGCUGUUUACUUCCUUUCUGCAUCAAGAAUUUUAAAGAUGUGAAUCACAAAUGUCCAAAGUGCCGUAGUUUUCUUCACACUGUGAAAAAAUUAUGAGGUAUGAGGUAAAAUUAUGAGGCCCAAGCAAGAGUCAUACUUCUGGAACAUUUCUCUGAAUGAUCUGAUAUGGAUGAGAGUGCUGUUCUUACACAACGCUGAAAGAAGACAAGGGUUCUGUCUUCUGUCCUUCUCUCAAAGAGGGACUGUGGAAACUUGAAGUAAAACUUCAUUCUGAUGGAUAAUUGGAUCUUGAUAAUUCACUUACCAGCAGGUAUAGUAGUUGGCGGGUAUAGAAGCCUGUAUGUAAUGGCUGACCUGCAGAAUGGUAUUGCUCUGUGUGGUUAUGAAAAGAUUCAUUGUUGCCUCUAAAGGUGUUUAACAAUAAGAGUUUUGUCUGCAACAUCUUGACAACCGAACAUCUUCUGCUUUUGAUAGCCUACCGGU